CUUUAACCUCCACUAACACCACCUCUGUACAUUUUUGGAUUCUGUACAUACGGGCGGGAGGAAUGUUCAAAUCUGCACUUCCUCGACCAUGGAUAUGCUCGAGAUGUAUUCAAAGGCAGAUGCCAACGCGGCUGCGACGCAACCAUGUCCAAACCACCUCGUCGGCAUCCCUAGAAGAGACGGCUCACUUGGGAUUGAAGGCCUCCCACGGUCGCAUAUCAGUAAAUGGUGUAAUUCCUGGGGCUCAGCACAAUGACAGAACCCUCCGCCAGAUCUUCGACUCCCCGGCAUUCUGGAAGGAAUUCUCCCAGUCCUCGAAAGCUGGACGAAAUAUUGGACUCUUCCAAAAUCGAUACUUGACCGAGCCUCGAGGCUUCGAAGAUUUCGCGAAUUCAACUUUACGGAAGGCAAAGAAAAUUGUAGAGAAAGUUCUGGCAGCAUCAUCAGCAGACCAAUACCACCGAGUUGUGAAGGAUUUGGACAGGUUGAGUGACUUGCUCUGUCGAGUCAUUGAUAUCUCGGAUUUCGUUCGAGCUACACAUCCAGAUCUUCGGAUGCAAGCAGCUGCGACAAGGGCUUACGCUAUGAUGUUUGAAUACAUGAACGUUUUAAAUACAACUACGGGAUUGGCGAAGCAAUUGGAUAUUGCCAUAGAGCAAUCUUCCAGGAUGGGCAGGUGGGGAGAACAAGAACAAAUGGUUGCAGAGAUCUUGAAGAGGGAUUUUGCCAAAUCUGCUAUCGACCUACCAAGAACAGAGCGGGAACGUUUUGUGACUCUUUCACAGGAGAUCAGUGAAGUUGGACCGGAUUUCGUGGAUUACAUGGCACCAGAGAAGGAGCAUUUGACCUUCCAAAGCAGCAGACUAAAAGGUAUGGACCCAAUGCUCGUCCGGAAGUACAUACAAUGGGGCCAAGUUACCUUACCAUCCGUUGGAGGCCCUGCAAUCGCCGCGUUGCGAACCGUUCAGGACGAAGCGACCAGGAGUGAGAUCUUCAAGGCCGGUCGAACAGCCUCCAGAGCGACUCUAGAAAGGCUCAGAACUCUUUUAACUAAGAGAGCAGAGCUAGCUAAACUUUCAAGAUUUGAGAGCUAUGCGCAGUUGACCCUGAAGGACAAAAUGGCAAAAUCACCAGAAUCUGUUAACGGUUUCCUUCAGGCAUUGUCGAAAGAUAAUCGAUCUGUGGUGGAGGCCGAGGUGGUCGAUCUUAUGAUGGCAAAGAUGGCAGAGACGAAUAUAUCACAUCCUACUCUCCAACCUUGGGAUAAAGAGUACUAUAUGUCGCAUAUACUGUCCUCUGUCCGCUCGAGGUCACGCAACCCGGAUUUUCUUUCCUCAUAUUUUUCGCUUGGAAGAGUCAUGCAGGGACUUUCGAGACUAUUUUCUCGUCUGUACGGUAUCAGAUUUGUACCUCACGAAUCUUUACCUGGAGAAACAUGGAAUUCCGAUGUUCGACGGCUGGAUGUCAUAUCAGAGACAGAUGGACAUGUCGCUGUACUCUAUUGCGACCUCUUUUCUCGCCCAGGGAAGUCUCCAAAUCCAGCACACUUCACUCUACGAUGCUCUCGUCUGAUCAGAAACGAUGAAAUUCAAGAAGCUGCAUCGUCAAAAGAUCCUAUUUUCAAUUCAGCAGAAGAAGCCGCAAACGAUGGCAUGGCAAUGUCUAAACCCCACUCCGAAGGCGUCAUGCAACUCCCAACCAUCGCCCUGAUAUGCGAUUUCGCAACCGAGCCUGGAUCACAUAAACCUUCGCUCCUCAGUUUCAGCGAGGUAUCCACCCUCUUCCACGAAAUGGGUCAUGCAAUCCACUCCAUCCUAGGACGAACACUAUUCCAAGAAGUAUCCGGGACUCGCUGUGCAACCGACUUCGCCGAGCUGCCCUCUGUCUUGAUGGAGCAUUUCGCAGCCGAUCCGUCCGUGCUUUCCCUCUUCGCCUCCCACUAUGAAACAGACCAGCCCCUCCCCUACGAAAUGGUCGCCGAAAAGCUAGCCCUAGACAAGAAAUUCGAAGGCUCAGACAUCGAAAAUCAAAUCAUCCUCUCAAUGGUCGACCAAGCAUACCACUCUUCCCUCCCACUUGACCCAUCCUUCGACACCACGAAAGUAUAUCACGAUUUACAACGUUCUCAUGGCACAUUACCGCCUGAUUCUGCCGGCACAAGCUGGCAAGGCUUCUUCGGUCAUUUGUAUGGAUAUGGUGGGUCGUAUUACAGCUAUCUUUUUGAUAGGGUGCUAGCGAAGCGUGUCUGGCAGAAGGUCUUUGCUUCCGGCCUGGACGGUGCUGCGGUGGAUAGAGCUAAUGGGGAGAGAUUCAAAGAUCAUGUGCUGAAAUGGGGUGGAGCGAGAGACCCGUGGAAGUGUUUGUCGAGUGUGUUGAGGGAUGAGAGAUUAGAAGGAGGGGGCCAGAGUGCGAUGGGACUGGUUGGAAGCUGGGGUAUUAAAGGAAGGAAAGGCGUUACUGGGCGUUGAAAUUCUCCAGAGAAAGACGAGGGACUUAAUAGAGAUCCCCGUCAAUGUAUACAAACGCAGACGGACUGCCUGAAUGUAUUGGUUCUAAUGACAGUGUACUUGUAGCUCAGCGGUCUCCGCUACUCAGUCAACUCCCAAAGUAUGUAAAAAUCACAUUUUCGAGAAUGCUAGCGCCGAG